AUGAAGUCGUCAAAAUCUCAGCGCAUUGGAAUGCCCCCUCGCGGCCGAUCUUCACGGAGUAACGACGGUCAUGGAUUGGCGCCACGAUCGGAAGAGGGAGGCACAGGGGAGAGACGAAGCGCUGGGGACGCGUCUUCCAACGCCCCUACUGUGGUUCAUCACCAAGUGACAAGUGUCUUGACACGCGAGAAUUCAUCUGGGAUUGAGGCUAUGCGAAGAAGAAUGAGUGCCGCGCUGGCACAGAAACAACAAAUGCGCGCCGCUGCUGCCCACACAGCUUCUAGCGGUUCGUCUGACACCACGAAACAGGACGACUCAUCCGAAGCCUCAACAUCCCUGCAGCAUGCAGAGUCAAGUUCGGAUGAAUCGGUCAACACCGCUGCCCUUUCGACAGAUUCUGCUCGGACCAUACGAGCCACAUUUGACAUGACGCCGGGAGCUGUCAGGACCCCAUCAUAUCCAUUCCCUCGUAUGGCUCUGCGACUCAAUCGUAAUACCAGCCACCGCUCAGGACCUUCGCACAGACCGUUCACACUCUUGUCCCCAACCAACGAGCCGCCGUUAAGUUCAGAACCUGCGCAGCCUCCCCUUCCGCAACGCCAAACGUCCUCCUCGGAUCUGAGUACGCCAAUUGGUCAGACCCCAUUGAGUGCAGGUUUUCCCGAAGACCCCAAUUUCCCAGCGCCGGACUUGUAUGAUAUUAUCCUGAUGCUCAAUGCAGAACCAGGUUUGGAUAUGUGGUGGGUCAAUGUCACCGAGAUUCUGUCCGAGGUUUAUGGUGCCGAGCGCGCAUCACUAGCGGUGCCUGGGGAUAUCACCGAUCUCGAAAACGUUCCGUGGGGCCAGAAGGCAACGUACAACGUCAAUGGCAGCGAGGGGGUGCCGCCGUCGCAGUUUGAUUCUCUGGCCACCUCCGAAGCUGAUAUAACCUCUCUAGGCCGACGGCCAGAACCUGCCAGCCGAGUUGCCAGUGACGUUAGUUCUGCGCCUCUACGUCGACCACCUCUUUUGUCCCGGCAUUCCAUUGCGGGUCCGGCUCCAGAUCCAUCUGCGAGGGGUGCUCGCCAGAGACCUGCGGGGCCUGUUCGUGCCUAUAGCAUGACACCUAAAGAACCAGUAGAGGAAGCACCGACGAGCUCACCGCUUAUGCCCAGGUUGACCAGACAAGCUGCCACACCUCGAUCAGUGUCGGUGGCAGAGUCGGACCCCUUGGCACUAAGGGAACAGUACAAUUCGUCUGGGUCCGGUUCGUCGACACUCAGAUGUCAUGUCCAUCGCUCGAUCCAGCCUCUAGAAGCCGAAUCCGAUCCGUUGCUUGUCCGGACAGGGGUUGCAACGUUGUUUGGGAAGAGGAAACCUGUUGUAUUGACCAGAGCUUAUACGGACACCGCGCCGAGACCGUCACCCAAGAUCAAAGGGAGAGACGAGAAUCGAAGCGCGCCACCAACGCCCUCGCCGGGAGGCCCUGACGACUGUAGGCCCGCAAGACCCGAAGACAGUCUGAUGCUGCAAGCCGGCUUUCGUGCAUUUGACGAAUAUGAGCAACCAGAACCAUCACCCUGGUCGCAGAGCCCUUCGCCCUCGCCUGCAGCACGUCCUGACCCAGCCGAGUCCCCGUUCUUUACGCAACCCACGGCAUCCAUUGACGAGACUGCGUUCGAACAGAACCCCCCGCCAUAUGAUUAUGCGACCACAGCCAAUCAGCCGUUGAGCGCGAUAGGUGCCGACAUGUCCAAGACUCUGAUACACGUGCCGCUCAUACAGCCAAUUUUGGCCAGAGGAACUCUAGCGUCUAACCUUCGUUUCCCUAUAGCCAUCCUCUCGUUCUUGUCGCCACUGAACCCGUAUCCGCGUAGUCUGCGGCAUUCUUUGGAGGCCCUUCUACCACAUCUGGCAAGUGCAUAUUCACUUGCGCAGCAGUACAGUGCUCUUCAAGAUCGUUUACGUGGCGCCCCAGGAAGUCGCCAUGGAGCCGCAUUCGGCCUCGGAGGCACAUUCUCUGAUGAAGGGUCCGAACUCGAGCUCGUGGCUGAGCUGAGUGGACAGAUUGCGCAGGACAAGGAGAAUUCUAGAUCAUGGACAUAUCAAGAAAAUCUUAGUCCAGGUAGUCUUAGAGAAAGCCCUGGCAGCUCUGUGGUGAGCACGCCGCUUAUGGAGCAGUUUGGCUUGAGUUCGGGCCAGCCACCGACUCCAGGUGGCAAGACAGGAUCUGAAAUGGUCGACAGCUACUUUUCAGCCAGGAGGCAGAGAGCUGGCCAACAACCGCUUACUCCUGGCCCACGACCAACCAAGGAUGACCUCGACCAAGUCAAACACCCAACCGAGAAAUCUUCUGCCGGUUUAAAGAUAUCUGCGAGGAAAAGCACCGGUAAUACGACCAAAACACAGCCUGAUCCUCCCAGUCCAAUCGCUCUCCGGACGGCUAGCAUCACUUCCGAAAGUGAUAAUGGGGAUCAUUCUUUCCCCCUGUUCGACAGGGCUGAUUCUACGCUCCGGCGAAACACUGCUCGACGGGUUAGCGAGCACAAGGAUGAUGGCGAGAGACCUCUACCCGAGCUUAUAUCGUCGCUCAUGCUUAAUGCUGUACCCCUCCAGCUUUUCUUAGCCAAGCCAAGUACGGGAGACUUGGUUUGGACCAACCGCAAAUUCGAUGCGUUCCGGAGUCAAGGAGAAGGCCGCGUGCGAGAUCCCUGGAAGAACGUGCAUCCAGCAGACAGAAACGGUCUGGUGAAGCUGUGGAAUGAAGCUUUAAGAACGGGAAGUCAGUUCACACACUAUAUCCGCGUCAAGAGGUUCAACAGCGACAGCGAUUUCCGCUGGUUUGUGUUCCGAGCCAGUACUUUAUUGAGCAACAAUGGCCGACUUUUGUACUGGAUUGGGUCAUUUCUAGAUGUGCAUGAGCAGUACAUGAAAAACCUCGAAGCCAGCGAAAAGGAAGCGAUUAUGGCCCAUGACACAAAGAUUCGUGCACUUGCAGAUGCCAUUCCCCAGAUUCUGUUUGAGGCCAUUGAGGGAGACGGCAUUGUGGCUGUCAAUCAACAAUGGCAUUCCUAUUCAGGCCAAACUCUAGAGGAUGCUCGAGGGUUAGGUUUUGCGAAACAUGUCCACCGCGACGACCUGCACAAAUGUGGCAUUUUGGCGCCUUCAGACGUGGCCGCCAUUACACGAUCCUCAACGACAAGUCCAUCUUCAUCAAACGACUCUAACAAAACAGUCGGCCCAGCCGCGCCACCGCUUCCUACACAGAAAAACCUUUUCUCGCCAGAUCUGAGCUCAUUGGAGCGGAUGAUCAAAUCAGGCUCCGUGGUCGUGGAAAAGGACGAGAAUGGCCGCUUGUCUUACCUGACCGAGAUCCGGUUGAAGUCGAGAGGUGGUGGGUAUCGGUGGUUUCUUGUACGGCUUGUUCGGGUUGACACUGGUCUAUGGCAAAGUCAGAGCGGAAAGGCAUCGUGGUACGGUACAUGCACCGAUAUCGAGACGCGGAAAGCCCUGGAACGAGAAUUGAACCAAGCCAAUGAGAAGGUUCACUCGGAGAUGGAGUCCAAGACAAAGUUCUUCGCCAACAUGUCUCAUGAAAUCCGAACGCCGCUCAAUGGCAUUUUGGGUAGUAUGCCAUGGCUGGUCGAGUCAGAGCUGGAUCAUGAUCAAAGGCGGACAGUGGAUACCAUUCAAAACAGCGCCAAUAACCUGAGGGAACUCGUCGACAAUAUUCUGGACGUCACCAAAGUCGAGGCUGGCAAGAUGACGCUCCUUCCGAAAUGGUUUCAUGUUCGGGCACUCUGCGAAGAGGUGGUUGAUACGGUGUCUUCUAGGGCCAUCGAGCGUGGACUUGAACUCAAUUAUUCGCUGGAGGCUAACGUUCCAUCAAUGGUGAAGGGAGAUGCCUUUAGAGUGCGCCAGGUUCUCCUCAAUCUCCUCGGGAACUCUGUCAAAUUUACUGAACAGGGCGAGGUGUACAUGCGAUGUUCCUAUCGCGAGGCCGAGCCGGGCAGAUCAACCGGGCAGUCUGAUCACUCAGGCUUACUCUCAUUCGAUGUGGUUGAUACUGGGCGCGGUUUCAACGAAGACGAUUUCAAACGACUCUUCAAGCAGUUUGGCCAGAUUGGAGGCGGCAGCAGUCACGAGGCAGGCUCUGGAUUGGGCCUUUUCCUUUCCAAGCAGCUGGUUGAGAUGCACGGAGGUGAGCUAUCUGUUAAAAGCAAAGCAGGUGAGGGCUCGACCUUCAGCUUCUAUAUCAGAGUCGAGGUGGCUCCCCCAGGUUCCGAAGUUGCCUCACCACCGUUGGCUGCGAGAACCGCACAACAGAGACAGCCGUCGUUGGGAGGCAGUCCUCGAUCACGGUCCGAUAACAAAACACCAACAAUGGCGUCAGCUAAGGGUCUUCUACCUAACGAGGGGAUCAUUCAAACACCCGGGCUAUCCAGAUACGUGAGCCCCCCUCCACAACAGGUGCCCUCUCUACCAUCACCGGCAGUGUCGUCACCGACGCAGGUAUCUCCCCCAGUCCUUCUGUCCGAUAGUUCCGGACUGUCGAUGCGAUCAGACUCGGGAAAUAUCGCGUCUGUGUCGUCGGCAACUACGCUUGUGCAAACGCCCGAAUCUGCGCCUCCUGUCGAGUCCACAAUUUCGCCGGGUCAACGGCAAAUCCUGACAGAGAAGGCCAUUGCGUCUCACCCGAUUUUCAAACGAAGCAAAAGCGACAACGACGGAAGCAGUUUGACACCGGAAAAGGCACACCCUCAGACAUAUUCCGUUAUCAUCAUUUGCCCUGCUGAACACGCGCGGAUGGCGAUCAAGCAGCAUAUUGAGCACGUAGUGCCGUACUCAAUUGCAGCUAAUGUCACGACGAUUCCGGAUAUUGGUUCCUUCCUGGAUCUCUUGAAUGGGCCGUCUCCGCCGACUUUCACGCACAUUGUCCUGGAUAUCCCGGCGACGUCGGACAUUAUGUUGUUCAUGCGCCAGAUGGCGAAUUUUACGGGCACGGUGAUCCCAGCACUUGUGGUGAUUACCGAUCACUACCAGAAGCGGGAUAUUCUGGAUGACUUUACUACCCUCACGGCCAGUGGGCGCAAGGCCUACAUGAUUCACAAACCGGUCAAGCCGUCUGUAUUUGCGAUGAUUUUCGAUCCUGCACAAUUACGCAAUCUGAGCAAGGAUCGAGCACGUGAGGUCGCGCAGUCGAGCUCUGAUGACUUCCGAAAUAUUGCCAACUUGGUCAAGGAGAAGGUUGGUGGACAGGAGCACCGAGUGUUGUUGGUAGAGGACAGCGACGUGAACCGGAUGGUGAUCCAACGCUAUCUCAAGAAAGUUGCGCUGAUCAACGACUGUGCCAAAAACGGGCAACAAUGCGUCGACAUGGUUCAAGGCAACGCUCCGGGGUACUAUUCGCUUAUCAUCUGUGACAUCCAAAUGCCAGUCAAAAACGGGUAUGAGGCGUGCAGAGAAAUACGGGAGUGGGAAAGGAGUCACGGGUACCGGCCGUCGCCGAUCAUGGCAUUGACAGCGCAUGCUAUGCCCGAGGAGCGCGCAGCCGCAGCGAAUGCUGGAUUUACCGACUAUCUUACCAAACCGGUUGAUUUUAAUGUGCUGGGGACGAUGAUGAUGACGCUACUGGAUCCAACCGUGCCACACGUGUUCUUACAUGAUAGGCCUCUGGAGUCUUGA